GGCUCGUAUUCCCUUCCCUCUCUCACUGUCACCAAAAAAAAAAAAAAAAAAAAAAAAAAUCUUCAAAACCAAAAACGAAAAUGGCAAAAGAUCGAAACGGUGCGCUGCCAGAUAAGCGAGCAAAUGAGGAAGAAGAAGAAGAAGAAACCGAAGCUCCGUCGAAGAGAAAAUCCAGGAAAGCGCGAGAGCAUUCCGGUACCGAUUCAGAUUCCGGUUCCGGAGAAGAGAGAAAAGGCGUUAAGUCUCGAAGAAAAGCGCGGGAAAGUUACGAUUCGGAAGAGGAAGAGGAUGUAAGAAAAAAGCACGGGAAAAGCGAGAGGAGAAAGAAGAGGAAAUCGCGAAGGCGGUACAGUAGCGAAGAGGAUUCGAGUUCGGGUUCGGAUUCUGAAUCGGAGUAUUCUGAUUCGGAAUCGGAUCAGGACAGUGGUUCGGAUUCGGGGGUGGAGAGUGAGAGCGAGGGCGAGAGGAGGAGGAGGAAGAAGAGGAGAGGGAGAGAGGAUGAGGAGAGAGAAAGGAGAAGGAGAAGGAAAGAGAAAGAGAGGAGGAGGAGGAAGAGAGAGAAAGAAGAAGAGAGAAAGAGGAGAGAGAAACGUAAGAAGAAGAAGAAGGAGAAGAAAGAAAGAGGAAAGAAGGGAGCGGUGACGAACUUGUGGGGGAAGUAUGGGAUUAUCAGAGAAACCGAUAUGUGGAACAAACGGCCAGAGUUCACUGCAUGGUUGGCAGAAGUAAAACAGGUGAACCUUGAAAGUUUGCCUAAUUGGGAAGAGAAGCAGAUGUUUAAACAAUUCAUGGAGGAUCACAAUACAGCUACUUUUCCUUCUAAAAAGUAUUACAACCUUGAUGCCUAUUACAGAAGUAAAAUGGAAAAAGAACAGAUGAAAGGUUUUAAAAAAGUAAUUCAGAAAGAACGUACUAUCUUCGAUGAUGAAGAACAGCGUCGGCAAGAACUUAUGCGAGAACGUGAAAAGCACAAGGAAGAACAGGUGGUAGCUUUAAAGAGGUCAAUGCAGGGUGGAAUGGCACAAGCAAUGAAAGAGCAAGCUCAGCUGAGGGAGGAGAUGGCUUACCAGUACAAAAUUGGAAAUUUUGAGGCUGCUGCCGCCAUUCAGAGAAAAUUGGAUCCAGAUGUUGCUAUGUAAAGAUGGGUGGCCAUGUAAUGGGAACAUAGCAUAUGUCAUGUUUUUCGCAUUGCAUUUGCCUAAUGAAUAUGUAAUGUGCAAAGGGGGUACCACUAUAUUUAAGUAGAAAACAUUUUUGAAGUAUCCUGUAUCGAAAAGCUACCCAGAUUUGUGUUAUAUUCGAGGCUGUAAAAUUUUGUGUUUAGUUGAUAUUUAUUUCAGGAGGGUUGAGUUUGUGUUU